AUGGCGAACGUUGCGGACACCAGGCUGUACGACAUCCUCGGAGUUUCACCCUCCGCCUCGGAAAACGAGCUGAAGAAGGCCUACCGCAAAUUGGCCAAAGAGUACCAUCCUGACAAGAAUCCCGAUGCUGGCGACAAGUUCAAGGAAAUAAGUUUUGCUUAUGAUGUGUUGACAAACCCAGAGAAGAAGGAGCUUUAUGAUCGCUAUGGAGAGCAGGGGCUCCGGGAGGGAGGAGGAGGAGGGCCCGGCAUGGAUGAUAUCUUCUCCCACAUUUUUGGUGGAGGACUCUUUGGGUUCAUGGGUGGUCGGGGUAAUCGAAGCAAUGGCGGCAAGAGGAGAGGAGAGGAUAUGGUGCACCCUCUGAAAGUUUCCCUUGAAGACCUGUACAACGGCAAAACUACAAAACUGCAGCUUAGUAAGAAUGUGUUGUGCGGUGCCUGCAACGGUCAAGGGGGUAAGGCUGGAGCGGUACAGAAAUGUGUGACAUGCAGAGGAAGAGGGAUGAAAAUCAUGAUCAGACAGCUGGCCCCAGGGAUGGUACAGCAGAUGCAGUCCGUCUGCACCGACUGCAACGGAGAGGGUGAGGUGAUAAACGAGAAGGACCGCUGCAGGAAGUGCGAGGGUCAGAAGGUUUGUAAGGAGACGAAGCUUCUGGAGGUUCAUGUGGACAAAGGCAUGAAGCACGGACAGAAGAUCACGUUCUCUGGGGAAGCUGACCAAGCACCAGGUGUCGAACCGGGGGACAUAGUUCUGGUGCUGCAAGAGAAAGACCACGAGGAGUUCCGACGCGAUGGCAGUGACCUUCACAUGGUCCAGCGCAUCGGCCUCGUCGAGGCUCUGUGUGGUUUCCAGAUCACCAUCACACACUUGGAUGGACGUCAGCUGCUGGUCAAAUACCCACCGGGCAAGGUCAUUGAGCCAGGUUGCGUUCGAGUGGUGAAAGGAGAGGGAAUGCCUCAGUACAGAAAUCCAUUUGAAAAAGGAGAUCUUUACAUCAAGUUUGAUGUUCAAUUCCCUGAAAGCAACUGGAUUAGUCCUGAAAAACUGAACGACUUGGAGAACCUUCUUCCGGCCCGUGCCGACAAUCCGGACAUCGCUGCAGACGCUGAAGAAGUCGACCUGGCAGAGUUUGACAGAAGUCAAGGGUCUGGCAGUGGAGGCAGGAGAGAGGCGUACAACGAUAGCUCUGAUGAUGAAGGGGGCCAUCACGGCCCAGGGGUGCAGUGCGCGCACCAGUAGAAAGACUCAUACAUAGACUUUCACAUAAACGCCCUUCAAGUUCCAUUGCUAGCACUACUCGAGACCUGAUGCAGACACACACACACACACACACACAUACAUAUUUCUCUUUUCAUGCCUCCAGUGACAAGCUAAUGCACAAAAUCCUAAUAAAAAAACAAAGUAAACAAGUCUCCCUCCUCAGUUCCAUGGUUGCAACACCUACUCAGAGAGAUCGUGGUUGAAUGAUGAAAGUUUAAGUUUGUAAAUGUCUCCAGCAAGGAAGUCUGUAUUCAUCCUAAGCUUUUAUCCUUUUCUGUGUAAAAACAGGCUAGUCUACAAGGCGGCGAAUACAGGUGAUUUAUUUUUGAGUUGAGGUGUAAUUAAUUCGGUCACAAAAAGGAACGCAUGCUGCUUCUUGCCAAAGGUCUUGGCUGUGGAUUCCCAGAGUGACAAAAAGAGACCGGCGUACUUUUAGAAAGUUUAUAUUGAAGUGGCCCGCUGCCACAUAAGAUAAUCUGAUUAGAUUUUUUUUUUUUUACGUAGCUCCCCAAAUAUUUAACCAGCCUCCUAAUUUACAACAUGAUGUACAAGCUAAAGUUGAGUGACCAUAUACUGAACAUGUAAUUUGCGUGUUUUUUUUUUGUGUUUUUUUUUUUUUAAGUUUCUAGCUGUUUCAAACUAUUUAAAAGCUCUGAACACCUCACAGACCUGAUAUUGUUUUUUGUUUUGUUUUUUUCUUCUUCCUUAGUCUGGAAUAUAAACUUCUUUAUCUUGUUGGUGUGAAUAUUUGUGUCUUUUGAAACCACAAGCCUUGCAGUUACGGAUUUUAAGAGUUGAUGACACACUUUGUUUGUUUGGAAAGCCGCGCUGUCUCUGUGUGUGGGAGCUGUUGUUGAAUGUUCUAGUUUAUUAGGCUGGUUGGUGUUGCUGCUUUGUGGUAAACUGCAGUGAGAUUGGAUACCAAAUAAAGUGAAAUGACGAUGAAAAACCUAAAUGUUUGAGAGAAUCUCAGAUCUACCUUUAUUCCCUCUCUUCUUACUUAAACCGUAUUGUAGGAAAAACUGCUAAGGCACAAACACACACUCGAGCUUUCUGUAUAGAUAUCCUCCUAUUGUAUGGUUAUUAACCAAACCCACUUCCCUUCACAUGUUACGCCAUUUCCAUCCUCAUGUCUGUAAAUAGAAACCGUACCGGUCGAUGCGUGCAUUCAACGUUUACGGAGGCCCUCAUUCUGCAAUUACUACACUUCCCUGAAACACUCGCGCAAAUGGUCGGCAUAUACAUGUAAAUGUUCACAUGAAGUUUUAACAGGAGCCACUCUUGGAUGUUUACAUGCACCUCUGUGACUCAUUGUGUAUGUAACUUUGGCUUCUCGGGAUAAUGUGCACAGUUUAAAGGGGGUUCUAGUGAAAUUUCAUAAUUGUUAAAUGCUUAUGGUUGUCAAGAUGGUAAUUAAAAUGUAUAUUAAACAACAGCA